CAUCUAACAAACAAAAACACACACAAAACCGUGUUCUUUUUGAACUGCCUCUGGUUUUUCAAACAAACUAAACCAGUGUCUGUGUUUUCCACUUCCUAUAUCCCAUACUAUAUAUUAACAACAGCCUUCACCCCAUUCAUUCAUCUUCCAAAUCAUCAAUAUUCUCCACAAACACAUCAAACUUUCACACUACCUUGUUCUUACACAAAGUUCAGACUUUUAGCAUCAUCUACUCUUAGUUGUUCAAGAGUCAAUUCAAGAAUGAGUUCUACAAGCCGUGCUUGGACUUGGACCGUGGCUGCAAGUGUUGGAGUGGUGGAGGCCUUGAAGGACCAGGGAAUCUGCAGGUGGAACAGUGUUUUGAGAUCAGCACAGCAACAUGCUAAACAUAAUAUGAGAUCUUUGUCUCAGACCAAGAAGCUUUCUUCUCAAUCUUCUGCCAUGGCUUCUGCAAAAUUCAAAGACGAGAAAGCCAAGCAGUCAGAGGAGUCUUUGAGAACCGUCAUGUACUUGAGUUGCUGGGGUCCCAACUGAACAAAGAAUCAUGGGUUUUAUGCAAUUCUGGAUUUCCUUUCCCUUUUCUUGGAUCAUGAAUCGAAGGAAGAUAAAGAAAUGGAUCCAGAGUCUCAUCCAACAUGUUAUAAUGCUUGCUUGAACUGAGCAUGUGUAUAGUAUGAAGCAUGCCAUUUAACUUGCUGCCUUGGAAAGAUGUGGAUUGGAUUUUGAAGAGUGAGAAUGGCUUCUAAUUAGUGGCAAUAGCCUUAAUUUGGUGGAUUGAAUCAUCUUCAAAUGAUGCCACUUGUGACAGAACUAUGAAUGUAUGGGAUUCUUUUACAUGAUAUUAAGAAAUGACUUGUUCUCUGAGAA